CCGGAGGUGACGUCACGGCGCACUUUCUCUUCCAAGAUGGCUGCCGGUGUGGUGUUGCGCUCGUAGUUUGUGCUGUCCAACUACGGAAGCCGCUUAGUACGAGGAGCCGCGGUCUGCGGUAGUUUGAAAGCUUUGAAGUCUCGGCUAUGAAGGAAAACAAAGAAAACUCGAGCCCCUCGGUGGCGUCGGGCACCCUGGACCACUCCAAGCCGUGUUGGUACUGGGACAAGAAGGACCUGGCGCACACUCCCUCUCAGCAGGAAGGUCUGGAUCCUGCCACUGAAGCGCGAUACAGACGAGAAGGAGCGCGCUUCAUAUUUGAUGUCGGGACACGACUAGGACUACACUAUGACACACUUGCCACCGGCAUUAUAUAUUUUCACCGGUUCUACAUGUUUCACUCAUUCAAGCAGUUUGCCAGAUACGUGACGGGCGCUUGCUGUCUUUUUCUGGCUGGCAAGGUGGAAGAAACUCCAAAGAAAUGUAAAGACAUCAUAAAGACGGCCCGCAGCUUGCUAAAUGAUGUGCAGUUCGGACAGUUUGGGGAUGAUCCAAAGGAAGAAGUUAUGGUCCUGGAGCGGAUUCUUCUGCAAACCAUUAAAUUUGACCUACAAGUGGAGCAUCCCUAUCAGUUUCUACUAAAAUAUGCCAAACAGUUGAAAGGAGAUAAGAAUAAAAUCCAGAAGUUGGUGCAGAUGGCAUGGACGUUUGUGAACGACAGCCUCUGCACUACGCUGUCCUUGCAGUGGGAGCCGGAGAUUAUAGCAGUUGCUGUCAUGUACCUCGCUGGCCGAUUGUGCAAGUUUGAAAUCCAGGAAUGGACCUCGAAGCCCAUGUACAGAAGGUGGUGGGAGCAGUUUGUCCAGGAUGUGCCGGUCGAUGUGCUGGAAGACAUCUGUCAUCAGAUCCUGGACCUGUAUUCUCAAGGGAAACAGCAAAUGCCUCAUCAUGGGGCCCAGCAGCAAUCUCCGCAGGUCCAAGCACAGAUUGCUGCAGUGCAGCCUCAGCAGCCCACAGAGACUCAGACAGCGCCGCAAAAAGAUCCACCGCAGCCAGGAGGGCAGCAAACUAAGAAACCAUCCCCGCAGUCCAGCCCUCCGAAGCAAACCAAGAGACCGCUGCCAACCUCACCCAAAGACGAUGGGAAGGCACAAGAUCAGCCAUUGACCAAAAUGGCUAAAGUUGAGGCUCCGCACCCGCCGCUCCCUCCUGUCAUCACCCCAGCAGAGCGAAAACCUGUGGCUCCAGCUCUUGUUCCAGGGGAAGGAGAUCCUGUCAGUAUCCCCGAGGCUGCAGACCUGACCAAGCUUCAAAUUCCUCCACCAACGCAUCCUUCUACGGUUCAUCAGCCGCCACCCCUGCCACAUCGGCCGCCGCCACCUCCUUCUAGUUACAUAACUGGGAUGUCGACAACCAACUCUUACAUGUCUGGGGAGGGGUUCCAAAGUCUCCAGUCCAUGAUGAAGACAGAAGCGCCUGCUUAUGGGAACAUGCCACCUGCUUAUGGCCCUCCGUCACAUAUGCCAUACCAUCCCCAUGUGUAUCCACCUAAUCCUCCUCCAUCUGUGCCACCCCCACCACCACCUUCGUCAUUCCCCCCUCCGAACAUUCCUCCUCCUACUCCCGUGUAUCCCCCUCCUAAUUAUAAUCCAAAUUUUCCCCCACCUAGACUGCCCCCUUCCCAUACCGUACCAACUCACCCACCUCCAGGAAUCGGUAUGCCACCAGCUACCUAUCCCCCUCCUGCAGUGCCACCUGGAGGGCAGCCACCCGGUCCUCCCCCUAUUCCACCACCUGGCAUGCCGCCUGUUGCAGGACUUGGCCGUUCCGCCUGGAUGAGAUAGCGCCCCAGCAACUUGUUUGCACUUCAGGGGAAGGGAUUGUUUGAUGUGCCACAAUUGCCUGUGCUGGGCACAAUGGAAGCAUAAAGUAUCUCCCUUAUUGCCAAGUCUGGGCAUCUGAGGUGGCGUUGACUGUUUUUGAACGGUUACCAUGUGCCUGGUGGAUAUAAUGCAGUAUAUACUGACCUGCUGAUCGGCAGCUCCCCACUUCAUGACGAGUAGACACUGAAAUUCGUCUUUAUAUUGUGACGGCCAUAUUGGCCAAGCUAGGGCAGCAGAAAAAGUGUUUAACGAAUGGUCAGACGAGCCCGUUUGCUUUGCAUUUUGAUGUCUUGACUUUUUUUUUCUUUAUUUUUUUUUAGACCAAGAUUUAGAAGUUUUUGAAAAUGUCUGUAAAUAUUUUAUAAUGUAAAAAGUUUAAAUGUAAGCGCUUGUCAAAAUAGUCCCCCCCCGAUCGUAGUGAAUAAAAGCAUAAUGGAAA